CGCGCCCCCCCCCCCCCAAGGCCCCAACCUUCCAGGAAAAAAAACCCGGAAUCCGCACCCAUCCAUGGCCGCCGCCGCCCUGCUGCGCCGCUCGCCGGCGGCGCGCGCGCUCCUCUCUCCGGCGCUCUCGUCCCGCCUCGUCGCGUCCAAGCCCCACUCCUCCUCCCCCACGCAGCCGCCCCCCGAGGCAAAGGGCGCCUCCAGCACGAAGACCUUCUCGAUCUACCGGUGGGACCCGGACUCGCCGUCGACCAAGCCGCACCUCAGGGACUACCAGGUGGACCUGUCCGACUGCGGGCCGAUGGUGCUGGACGCGCUGCUCAAGAUCAAGAACGAGCAGGACCCGUCGCUCACCUUCCGCCGCAGCUGCCGCGAGGGCAUCUGCGGGAGCUGCGCCAUGAACAUCGACGGGGACAACGGCCUCGCCUGCCUCACCAAGAUCUCCUCCGCCUCCUCGGCGUCCACCGUCUCGCCGCUGCCCCACAUGUUCGUCAUCAAGGACCUGGUGGUCGACAUGACCAACUUCUACAACCAGUACAAGAGCGUCGAGCCGUGGCUCAAGCGCAAGGACCCGCCGCCGCAGCUAGGCAAGGAGGUCCCGCAGACCAAGGCCGACCGCGCCAAGCUCGACGGCAUGUACGAGUGCAUCCUCUGCGCCUGCUGCUCCACCUCCUGCCCAUCCUACUGGUGGAACCCCGAGGAGUACCUCGGCCCAGCCGCGCUGCUCCACGCCAAUAGGCUUCCGCUGUGGGGGACACUUAUGAAACCAAAACCCAACAUGUUCAUGCACCUUCAAGCUCGAGGAUAUCACGGGGUGUCAGAGAAGAGAAACCUGCGGGACCACAAACGUAGAUUGCUUGCAGAAAAGUUUGAGCUGAGAGGAAAGCUGUAUAAGGCUGUCUGUAGGGACCCUGAUCUUCCAUUGGAUAUGCGGGAGAAGUUCCGCUAUAAAUUGUCCAAGUUGCCAAGAAAUAGCUCCAUGACACGCCUUAGAAACCGCUGCAUUUUCACGGGACGGUCUCGUGCUGUCUACAAGAAAUUCCGCAUGUCUCGUAUUGUGUUCCGGACAUUGGCAAACAAGGGUGAACUGAUGGGCGUAAAGAAAGCAUCGUGGUAGAUGUUAACGAGCCAGUAGAAAAAAAGCGCUAGCUCUGCACUAGUCCAGGAAAAAUAAGGUUGUUUACAUGCAAUCUUUCAGUGUGUGAUCCCUGAAACAAUCUUUGAAGUUUCUGACCGGCAGACCAAUUUUAUUUAAGUAUUUUAGUUGAAUCAGUGUACUGUUGUUUUUUGGAUAUUUUGCACUCAUGAAGUUAAAGGAUCAGAACUUGUUUCUGAAUGCAGAAAUGUUUUCUCUGUUAUCUUAUCUUCACACUUGGGUUAUGAGUAAUGCUGCGCUUGUUUCUGUUAUCUGGUACUUUGUGCUUCAUGUUGCUAAGUAGUUACCACCUGACUCCAAAGCUUACAUCAUGUGCUCAGAAUGGUUGUGUAUUGUAUGCUUAGAGUAAUCCUGACUUGGUAAGUUGUUUGUUUGGCUACUUUUGUUCUACCUUCUGGACUUGUCACUUCUCAGAAGUCUGUUCGGCAUUGCGGAUUUGUCAUCCUUGCUGAUAUGUUGAGUCAUUUGAUAUUCAAGUGUCUUAUUUGAUUGUAUGAUCCAUACACCAGCUGUUUGAUUCAUCUUACCUGUAUUUAAUUUUUUUGUUGUGCACAUGGAGGGCCUGUGUUAGAUCAUAGGAACUAAGAUAUGGGUCAUGGCAGUUAAUUCCCAUUAAAUAAUAUGAUGACCAACUUUGUUUGCAGUUAGUGUAAUUAAUGAACACUGAUGUUUUUGGUAUGCAAUAUUUUACGUUCUUAAAGUUGAGCGGAGAUUAAUAAAAAAAAAGUUAAUAGAGGUAGUUUUGUUCGCCUUAAUUUUCUGCUCCAAAAAGUUCUGUUUGAAUACCACCUUUUAGGUGAUAAUGUUGAGUGCUUUCACUGCCUAAUUUGUUACAAGAAACUGUUUCUCCUGCACUGACUCCAUAUCUGUAAAUUCUACAUCCUAUACAUGCUGCACAUCUGUGUGGAGUUACCAAAUACUGGUAUUUAGAUUUGAGUCUAUAUAUUUACUUAUUUUUGUGAUCGUGUUUUGAAUUUUAUCCCCAAUGGAUUGAUUGAAGUAAUUUGCAGCCCUUCGGCUCAGUUUGAACUUUGAACUUGUGAUGCCCAAGUAGGGCGGGCAUGCUUGGCACUCCGUGAUGGCUCUUGUUGCAUAAAAUGUCCCUUCGUUGUUCCAGGUGGAUACAGGACAGCCGUGACCAGUUCACCAAGGAGCGCCUGGACGCCAUCAACGACGAGUUCAAGCUGUACCGCUGCCACACCAUCAAGAACUGCACGCAUGCCUGCCCCAAGGGCCUGAACCCGGCGAAGCAGAUCGACACGAUCAAGAAGCUCCAGUUGGACGCCUGAAAGCGGUCAUGCCUUCCCUUCAAGACGAACAUGGAACAAAACCUGUGAAAAAUUGCCCUUCUUUUGCGCCGUGGUUUUCUACCUGACAAAUAAUUCCCGAUUUGGGGGCCUCCUGGAGGUAGUGUAGGGAGUGAAUAACUGCUACAGCAUUUCAUUUUUAUGCCGUAUCUAAUUUGGUCAUCUGCAAUGCAUUGUAUGGAUCACCAUCACUUGUGGAUGAUUGCCGUUGCACUUUAAAUUUGCUUCACAUAAACGAAAUUUGUCUGGCCUUUUGAGAGUGAACGAGUGUUAAAUUGUUAAUAA